UUCCCUUCUUCCUGUUUAUAGUAUUUCCUGUUCCGGUUUUCUAAACGCGUAAACAGAGGUUUGAAAACAUACAUUUGGCAUUUGCUUCCAAAAGAGCAAAGAUUGUUUUUUCCCUCUUAGAAAUAGCUUAGGUUUAGAUUUUUGGAAAUGCACAGACCGGAUUUCAGACAACCCAGUCCGGGCGGAAUGGGAUCGCGAGGUGGUUUCAGAAGCCCGACAGGAUUCGACAACAGCGCGGUGGGAAUGCAUCCUUCUCCACCGUGGGGAUUUCGUGGUGGUCCCCCUCCGUCUUUUGGACCGCCUAGAUUUGGCCAGUUUGAUAAUACUUCUCCAAAUACUCCUCCAAGAGACUUUAGUGGUAACGGUAGUAGGGGUUAUCACGGUGGAAGUGGGGGUAAAGGAAGAUUUAACAACGGCUCGUCUCCAGCGUAUACACCGCGUAGACAGAAUCCGAGUCCUCGUGGCGCUUCGUACAGAAAUUCUCCAUACCAUUCACAAAGUCCUGGACAACAUAUGGGUUAUCAGGGUUCCCCUCGGCAUUCCACUCCGUUUGGGCCGCGUGGUGGCAGAGGCCAGGGGGCACAAGGUGGUGUGGAGAAGUUUUACAACGCUUCUAUGCUGCAGGACCCAUGGGCUAGCCUACAGCCAGUGCCGGUCACGAGCACAACCAGCUCCCAACAGCAAACCACACAUACAGGCAGGCCAGGGAGAUAUUUCAACUAGGACUUUCCCCUUCAAACCAUGCAGAUGAGGCCUCAAACCUUUCCGUUUCAUAUUUGCCCUGUCCUUUCUUUUGUUUCGGACUAUUACCAAAAACCAUUGAAGUGUGGUAAAGUUGCCUAUAACACAGACUAUAUAGUACAGCAGUCUUUGAAGAUGUCAGAGGAUUCACCAGCAAUUGUUAGCGGACACACUGUCCACUAUCUGAAGCUUUUUUCCAGCACACCUUUACUUUUUAAACCUGAUUGUGAGACUUUCUCAAUUUCAGGGCAAAUGGCAGCAUACUAAAAACCAAACACAGGGAAUCAAUUAUAUUCAAAAAAUUCUUUAGUGAAUUUUUUUUGUUUUAUCCAUUUUGCAGGCUAGUUUAAUACCAUACAUGGUAUGUCUGUGUGUACCUUUUUAAUCACAUGUUUCCCGUUUUUAACAUUGUGUCAGUAUAAAGUGUUGAUUAGUAAGGGGACCUUUUUAUUUAUUUUUACCCCUCAGAAGGACAGCUGUGAAUCUCUAGGUCUGUAGCCACAAAGCAUAUCCCAGUAGGAAUACUGCUCUACAAUCAGUGUUGCCUUUUUUUAAAAUAAAACCAUAGUGAAUAAGAUUACGUGGACAGAUCCUAGAUCAGCACUCCUACUCUGAUGUUUUUGUGGAUACGGGCCCUGAUCUCCACAGGUUAGCAUUGCAUUGGAAGAACUGAUUAAUUAGUUGGGUCUAGCCUGUUAUGGACUGUAUAAACCUCAUUUGUUCUAGGCCUAUUUCUAAUGAUAUUACAUGUGAAAUGUAUUUUACUGGUGUUUCAAGAUGGGCAAUAUAAACCAGUGACUCGUCACUGCCUCAGGUUUCUACAUGUGUAAAUAUGUAUUCUGAAGGAUAUGUGUUUUCUUAUUGUCGAGAAAUAUCAUUUGGAAGUUUGGUGUAAUUGUUUGUAGUAAAUUCAAAAAAAUUGUAAAAAACGGUUGUGAUUAGUUUGACUUAAGACAAUUGCCCGCAGUGUAUCACCAUUGCCCUGUGUGGGGUGCAGUCUUUUGGAUGGGAUGUUAAAUGGUUGUCCUGACUCUGGUCAUGAGGUGUUAACCCUGAUGUCCUGGCUAAAUUCCCAACCUAGCCCCAUUUCCAUCAAGGCCAACUAAUCAACCCCCCCCCUCUCAUUUCUAAUUGGCAUAUCACUCCUCACCUGAUGGGUGGUGAGCGUUGGUCGCUGUGCAUCACCCAGGUGGGCGAGGUGAUUGUCGUCAUACUAUGUGAAGUGCUUUGGGUACCUCAGUUGAUAGUAAAGCGUUAAAUAAACCUGAUCCGUUUAUUACUUCGUUAUGAUUGGCCAAAGACUUAGGCCUACUCAAUUAUGUAAAUGCAUGAGUGGCUUCCUUAUAUAAUCUGUUAACUUUUAAUUCUCCAUAUGAUUUUACAAAUUGACAUGGUGCUUGUCCCUUAUGCAACAGUACUACAUACUUUUUGUCUUAUGUAUAUACACUCACAUGUGAACAUGUAGUUUACUCUGGUUUGAAAUUUCUAUUAAAGAUUGCUUUAACUUUUA